AUGUCGGGGCUGAACCUCACGCCGGGCGGCAGCAGCGGCGGCGGCGGUGGCGCGCGCACGGCAAAUUCGUACACACAGCUGCAUGUCAGACAGCCAGAGGCCGCACCCGCGGACUCUGCGCCUGCGCCGGCGCCCGCGGCGCUCGGCCCUGCGGAGCACCGAGCUCAACACGAGGCGGCGCUGCUUAGGCUGGCCCCCGCAGCGGCGGAGGCGCUGGCCGGCUGCGCGAGCGCGCUGGUCGCGCUCGGAGACGCGAGCGGGGUGCGGGGCCUGCGGGAGUGGGGUGUGGAGGCGCUCGCGCCGCUCUGGAAGCUUGAGGCGCAGCUGUCGGAGUUUGAUUUUGAACCAACAGAAGGCGACAACAGCGGCGGCGGCAGCGGCAGCGGCGCCCUGGCAUGGCUGUUGGGCCUCGAGGCUCAGGCGGAGGGUCGCCUGGAAGACACCGCGCAGCUGCUCGCAGCGUGCGUAGCAAACAGCAGCGGCGGCGGCAGCGGCGGCGGUGCGGGCAGCUCGGCGGCGCUCGGGUCGCCGUAUGUGCAGGGGGUCUUGAUGGAGCAUCUGGCGGAUUGCUAUGCGGCGCUAUCCGAUUGGCAAGGCCUGCGGCGGUUGGACGACGAGGCGCGCUCACAGUCGGCCGCUCUGGAGGCCGCCGCGCGCGUCGCGGCGCCGGCGGCCGGACCGCGCGAGCCGGGCGCGCCGCCCGCGCGGCACGCCGCGAUGGUUGCGGCGCGGUCUGCGGCGGCGCUGGCCUCGGUGCGGCGCGCGAGGGCGGCCAUCCUCGGAUCCUGGGCGACCGCCGGGGCGGAAGCGCCCGUGGGCGCCCGUGCACUCUCAGGGGACGUUGGCGGCGGCGGCGGCGGCCGUGGCGCCGACAGCCUCAUUGGCGCCUGCAUGGCGUGCGUUCAGCAGAGCCAGGGGCAGCAGCGGCAGAUUGAACAGGCCGCGCACCUCAUGCACGCCUGCGAACGCGAGGCGCCAACGCUGGCGGAGCGGUGCGCCGCCGCCGCGUGGCUGGGCGCGGCGGCCGCGCGGCCGGCGCUGCAGCAGCUGGCCGCACUGCAGCUGCUGGCGCCCAUGCUGAGCGGGCCGGGGGCAGCACAAGCGGCUGCGACCGCGGAGGCCGCCGCGGCCGCGGCCCGCGCGUUGCUGCGAGCGCCGGGCGCGGGGCUGUUUGAGGCGGCCGGUCGCGACGGCUCGAUCGCCGGCGUUUCUUGGGGGGCAAUUAUUGGGGACGACGGGGAGCUAUGUGAUGUGAACGGCGGCACCAGCGGAUGCAGCGCCGUGCCGCUAGCAGACCUCACGCGACUCCUGCGCAUCGUGGACGCCGGCGCCGCGCACCCGCGGCAGGCCGCCGCGUGGGCGGCCCCGCGCGCGCUGCUGCAGCUGCAGGUCGCCGUCGCCGCGCGCCGCGGCGGCGCGGCCACCCUUUUGGAGCGCACCCUCGCCGCCGCAGAGCACCACCUGCAGCUGUGCGCGCAGACCGCCGCGCCGGACGCCGCCCGGGAGCUGCUUUGGCUGCGAGCGGUGGGCGCGAGGCUGCGUCCGGAGUGCAGCGGCGGCGCGUGGCGCGCAGCGGACGGCGACCAGCAGCAGCAGCUGCUGCUGCAGCGUGACGCUUCGCAGGAUGCGGUGUCGCGCCACCUGGCCCUGCUGGACGGCCGCUGGCCUCAUCAGAUCAACUCGCGCCCAGAAGGGCGCGGGCUUGGCGAAGCUGGCGGCGCCUGCGGCGGAGAGAGCGCCGCCGCGCUCAUGUCGCUCGCCGCGCUGCUGCGGCGGACGCCAGCGGCGGCGGCGGCGCCAGCGGGGGUCGACUGGGUUUUGGCGUACCGCCGCGCGAUGCAUCUGCUGGCCGGCCGCAGAGCUCUCGACCCCCCGGCUUCCGUUGUCGCCGCGGCCGUCGAAGGCGGCCUGUCGCAGUUCAUGCCUGAGAGCCGCGCCGCUGCGCUCGCUGCAUGCGCCGCGUCGGCGGCCGCGUGCGCGCCGCAGCAGCCGGGGCCGUGGCGGGCGCUGGGUGACCUGAUGCACGACUUGGCAGAGGGAGAGCAGCAGGUGCAGCAGCAGCAACAGCAGCAGCAGCACCAGGAGCAGCAGCAGCAGCAGCGGCAUGAUGACAUCCAUCGGCUGGACAGGGAGCAGCAGGUCGCAGGUUUGCCCGAGGGCGGCGGUGCCUACCAUGAUGGUGCUCCCGGGGCCGGCGCCCACGCCGCCACAGGCGGCGCGCCGACGGCCACCGCUGCAGAGCGGUUGUUCGCGCUGGCCGCCGACGCGUACUGCCGACACCUGGCAACGGCCGUCGCGUCCACGCGCCUCGCCUCCCCAGAGGCCGGCCUGCCCGUGCUGCUGCGCCUCCUGCGGCUCGCCUUGACCUGCGGCCCCGCCCUCGCUGCGCCCCUGCGCGCGUCGCUCGGCCGCUGCCCGGCGGCGGCCUGGCAGGCGCUCGCCCCGCAGCUGCUGGCCGCGCUCGCGGCGCCCCAGGGGACGCCCGGCAGCGGCGGCGGCGAAGAGGCGCGCGGGCUCGCGGCGCUGCUGCUGCGCGGGGUGGCGGCUGCGGCGCCGUGCUCUGUGCUUUACCCCUGUGUAGCAGAGCUGCGGGCGGCGGAGGAUUCUGGGGGCCAG